AUGGAUCCUGAAGAGUCAUCAGCAGAAGAAGAACAUGAUCCAGAGUCGAUCGCCGUGAUGACUCAGAAGGUCGUUAAGUAUGGAAAACAAGUGUGGGUGCCCACACAGAAGCAGGAGCAAGGAACGGUUUGGUUCCUCCUGCAGAAAUGGGAUCGGAGCUUGGUGCGGUUCGUUCAUGGGAAAGGGUUGGAUCUCCGGGCCAAGAAAAAAGAUGCCUCGGAUGUUCGUGUCUCUCUUGACAACAUCUAUUUUGAAAAAUUGCUCUCUGCUCGCCAGUCGGCCUUCAACGAGGCAGUCGCAGCGAGAUUGCAGGAGGAAAGCAGCGAGGAGAAUGUGGGAAAGAAGCAAAGCAAGAAUGCCAAGAAGAAACAGAAAGAGUUUAAGGCGACCGUGAAGCACCAGAUGUAUGCACCGCACAACGUGUUCAUAGAGCUGCCGUCCGAGAACGAUGGGACAAAGUUGACUUGUCGAUGCCUCUUUGAGGGAUUGGGCUCUCGAGGUGUUUGGCUUGAGUUGACCCAGGAUGUUCUCCAGCACGUGCGACAUGGGAUGAAGUCGUCAGAGAUCAAAGAAAGGAAGCGAGAGAACGACAACACAUGGGCCGCCCACGGUGCCACCAUGGGAUGGAGCAAAAAGAAAGGACAUACCCUCUACUUCAAGAACCCGGACACAGCAUCGGAGCCACCACAAACAGGCUGGCUGUGUCAAGACUGGGAGAACAAGUGGAUUGAGUCCACUCUUUUCUUGGAGCCCGUGGAGGAGGACGGCUUCAAAAGUCUAUGUGUGCAGCGACUUUUGUGA